AUGGCAAAACAAUUAUCAAUGGAAGAUCUGAUUAAGAAAUAUCAAUAUCUAAAAUCAAACCAAGUCCUUACAGCUAGAACAGAAAAAAAUCUAAAAACACAUGAAACCGAUAGAACAUCUGAUGAAGACUAUUCAAAAUAUUCGAAAUCAUCAUCUAUGUUACAUGAUGAAACAGGAGCAUCUGCACAAUCAAUGCUAUCAAAUAAUCCUUUAGAAUCAUCAUCUGCUUCAAAUUCUGAAGAUGCUUGCAAAGUGUGUUUAGAUGCGGAAGCUAAUUGUGCAUUUAUUGAAUGUGGUCAUAUUGUAUCAUGCCUUAAUUGUGCUAAAUUAUUAACAAGAUGCCCCAUUUGCCGUGAAACUAUAAAACGAACAUUACGCGUUUAUAAAUCGUAA